UCCGCGUCUCGCUGGCUUCGUUGCGACCGCCUGGCGCGGUGGUGCGGGGGUCUUAGGCGAGCCAUGGCGUCCCCCUCGCGGAGACUGCAGACCAAGCCAGUCAUUACUUGUUUCAAGAGCGUCCUCUUGAUCUACACUUUCGUCUUCUGGAUCACUGGUGUUGUCCUUCUUGCUGUUGGCAUUUGGGGCAAGGUGAGCCUGGAGAAUUAUUUUUCCCUUUUAAAUGAGAAGGCCACCAAUGUCCCCUUUGUGCUCAUUGGCACUGGCACUGUCAUUAUUCUUUUGGGCACCUUUGGCUGUUUUGCUACCUGUCGAGCUUCUGCCUGGAUGCUAAAACUGUAUGCAAUGUUUCUGACCCUAAUAUUUUUGGUCGAACUGGUUGCUGCCAUCGUAGGAUUUGUUUUUAGACAUGAGAUUAAGAACAACUUUAAGAAUAAUUAUGAGAAAGCUCUGACACAAUAUAACACCACAGGAGAUUAUAGAAGUGAUGCCCUAGACAAGAUACAAAAUAAAUUGCAUUGUUGUGGUGUCACCAAAUAUACAGAUUGGGAAGAUACUAAUUAUUACGUCCAACACGGAUACCCAAAGAGCUGCUGUAAAACUGAAUGUACUCCGAACAAAGAUGCAAGUAAAGUAAACCACGAAGGUUGCUUUCUGAAGGUAACGACCACAAUAGAGUCAGAAAUGGGAAUCGUUGCAGGAUUUUCAUUUGGCGUUGCUUGCUUUCAGCUGAUUGGAAUCUUUCUCGCCUACUGCCUUUCUCGUGCCAUAACAAAUAACCAGUAUGAGAUAGUGUAGCCAACGGAUCUGUGGGUUUACUCCUCUCCAACUUUAAGUGUAAGAACAGUUGUCAGCCCUUUAUGAAAGAAAUAAUGAGAUCACCUGAUUGGAAGAUACUGGCCCAAUAAACUGAAAAGCUACUGAGACAACUUACCAAUAGACUGACUCUAUCAAGAUAGUAGUCCAAUAGGCUGACGAAAUCGACAUUUGCUCAAUAUGUUCAAAGUCCGCCACUUAUGUCCCAUUCAUGUGAGAUCAUUGCAACAUCUCCUAUUGCCCUGAAACACUGGAAGAGCUAGUAAAUUGCAAAUGAAAUGCUGUGUUCCUCUUGACUUUUCUUUUACUCGGGGGUUCUUUGCCAGGCACUAUCAGUGUGCUGUUUGAUGUAAAAUGGAAUUACCCCCUCUGAAUUGCCUACUGAUGUAGUUUGAUAGGAAAUUAACCCCUCUGAGCUGUCCCCUCCUCAACCAAGGUUAUCUGGUUUGAUUGUAUAAUUUGCAUCAGGGAAUUUCAAAUGCUGUCCAUAGUCUCUGUUCUGCUAACAGGCAGCGGAGAAUCACACUGUGUAAUAGAACUAGUCAGUACUUGGAUCAAAUCAGUGGUGCUGGUGAUGGUCUCUGACCUAACACACCCAAAGACUAAGACAGCCUUCAUGUUCCCUGACUCAUCAGGUUUCAGCACACAAAUGAAGGUGUUUGUACUGAUGUUUAUAUUUUCCCUAUUUGCAGGGUUCUAGUUAUUACUUCAAUAGUGUUGGAAUUAAUGUCUUUUCUUUCGGAAUUUAAUUUCAUUAGCCUUCGCUGGUAUUUCCUUAUGGGGUUGAUGUGAUUUAAUUAGUCAACUUGAGUAGUCUUAGUUUUGAUUUGUUUCCUUGAUUAAUAAAAUUCUCUUACACAAUA